UUAAACCCAAACAAAACCCCUUAGUCGCUUCUUCAAAUCCCUAAAAUCAAAAACCUUUCAAGAUUAACGCUUUUAUCGCCACCACCAUGAGUCUAAUAGCAGGCUCCUACGAGAAAUUCAUCUGGGGUUUCAAGCUUAAACCUUUAAAACACGAUCAGCAAACCCUAAUCCUAACCCCACUCUUCUCCUAUCCCUCACACAUUUCCCCAAUCACCACCGCCGCAGCCUCCGGCCCAGUCGCCGCAUCUGGUUCCGCCGACGAUACAAUUCACGUAUACGACAUUCCAUCCGCCGCCUCUCUCGGCUCUCUCCACGACCACAGCGCCUCAAUCACCGCCCUCUCAUUUUACACUCCUCCGUCACUCUCCUUCCCUCGCAACCUGAUUUCCGCUGCUGCAGACGGCUCCGUUUGCAUAUUCGAUGCCGAUCCUUUUGUUCACCUGAAAACAGUAUCGGCUCACAAGAAGGGUGUAAAUGACUUGACCAUACAUCCAUCGGGAAAGUUAGCGCUCUCAGUUGGGAGAGAUGAGUGUUUGGCGAUGUUGAAUUUAGUGAGAGGGAGAAGGAGUUUCUUUUGUAGGUUAGGGAAAGAAGCUAGUUUGGUGAAGUUUGAUAUCGAUGGGGAUAAGUUUUUUAUGGUUACUGAGUGCACGAUUGGCAUUCAUCAGUCUGAAGAUGCUAAAUUGGUUACUGAACUUGAGUGUUCAAAACGUGUUCUUUGUGCUGCUCCCGGAGAGAAUGGGGUGCUGUUUACGGGUGGUGAGGACCGGAAUGUUACAGCAUGGGACACAAAUAGUGGGAAAAUAGCUUAUUGCAUUGAGGGUGCACAUUCUGCUCGUGUGAAAGGUAUUGUAGUGCUUAAUAGGAAUGAUGGUGGUGGUGGUGGUGGUGAUGAUCCGUAUUUAUUAGCAUCUGCAUCAUCGGAUGGAGUUAUACGUGUUUGGGAUGUUCGAAUGGCUGUUAAGGAGAAGCCAAAUCCAUUGGCUGAGACUAACACAAGAUCAAGGCUCACUUGUCUUGCUGGAUCGUCUCUUAAAUCUCUUAAACGACCAGAGAUGGGAAAGAUUGUUCCCAAAGAAGAGCAUGAUACAGCAAUGGAAGGUUCGCAAGAUUAAUGAGAUCAGAACGGAGGACUUGGGUUAAUGGUGUUGAACAUCACACUACACAUAUCUCUUGGCGACAUUGAGAAAAAAGAAAAUUUCUCUAUUUUUUUGGUUGGUGCAGUUGAUUCAACAGAUCAAUUUUGAUCCUGGUCAUGUUAACUUAUUUUAGGUGUAUGGAUGAUUUGUUAGUGAUAUACAAAAUGAUAUUGAUACGUUUCACCUUCUUA